GGCGUGUCUUAAACAGUGGGGUUUCAUUCAUAAAUACUUUAAGCUUUAAAAUCCACAUUAAAGUGAUCACAGAAGACUUUCACGGUAUUGGCUUUGCCCCUCCACCCCUGCAUGGACCGGGCUGCUUAACCAUGCAGCACUGCCGUCUUGCCAUUGCUCCAAGGCCAGUGGGCCAGCCCUGAGGGGGAGAACGCCGCUGCUCAGUGUCAGUUGGCUGGCAAGGCUGAGGUGGCUGAGGAUGCAGCAAGGGAGCUGCUGAGGAGGAGAUUCCUGAGCCACAGCCUGAUACACACAACCAGAGCUGCUGCUGCUGCGCACUGCCCUCCAUCAGGACGCAGGGAGUUAGGGCAGGCUGGCAGCUCGGCAUUAGCUUACAGGUUGUGGUGCUGAAGUUGAGUGCUGCAGGCAAGCGAGGAGUGCUGAGUGCUGCUGGCAUGUUGCUCCUUCCCUGCUGGGGGACUCUCUAGUUGACCUGGACCAUGAGCAAUGAGUCUACCGCCUGGAACAUCCUACCAGAAAACUCCACAGGAAUUCCAGUUAAGGCAGAGGAGCAGCAAGAUGGCUAUGUUCUCCUCUUGGUGAUCCUCUCCAUCUUCCUGGUAGGAAUUUUGAUCUUCGCCUCUGUCCUCCUUAUUGCCUGCCGUCGCAGCUGGCAAGGAGGAAAAUGCUGCACCAGGGCCAGUGAUGAUCCUGAGAAAACCACCACCACCUACUUGGAGGAGUCUCAGCCCACCCAUGAAAUCACCAUCAGGGUGGAUGAGUCAGAGUGCCUGUCAAUGGCCAGCUCUCACGACCAGGAGACCGAGCGCUUCCUCUCCACAGGCACCACCGGCCGUCGUGUCUCCUUCAAUGAGGCUGCACUCCUAGAUCAUGGAAAGAAGGCUCAGGAGAAGGGCCGCAGGUAUACUCUGACCGAGGGCGACUUUCACCACCUGAAGAAUGCUCGGCUAACAAACCUCCACAUCCCCUCCCCGGCCCUCAAGAUAGUCACUAUCCAUGAGUGUGAGUCGGGCGAGAACAGCAUCACCAUGACAACAACACGCCCUGUCGCCAAGUCAGCCCUUUCCAUCUUCCAGCCAAUGCUGUGCCCCCUGCCACAAACAGCGUUGACUAGUCUGAGUGCCAAUCCCAGCUGUGCCCUCCCUGGAGAUGCGCUCAACUCUGUGGUGGACACCAGCUUCAGCAACAAGACCGGGGCUCUUGGCACUAAGGAACCGAGCUCUAUUGAGAUAAUAGGAGCAGGGCCCCGGGGCAGAGGCAGCAGCAUCAGUGUUGGAGAGGUAGCCUCGGUGGGAAGUGGUGCCCCUCCUUCUGGCAGUGGUGCAGGAAGCCAGGGGCCCAUGCUGCAGUUCUUUACCAAACUGCGGCGGCAUGCCAGUCUAGAGGGGGCCAGUCCCUACUUUAAGAUCAAGAAAUGGAAGCUGGACAGCAGCCAGAGAGCCUCAAGUCUGGACACCAGAGGCUCUCCAAAGAGGAGACAGUUCCAGCGCCAGCGAGCCGCAAGCGAGAGUAUGGACCAGGACGACAAUGACGCACACCACAUAGACCUCAUCCAAUACAUCGCCCGCACCCAGGACGUCCCCUACUGUCCAAGCCAGCCCACCACACGCCUCCUGUCACCACCAUCCACACCACCGCCCUCCCUCGGCAGGGUAGAGGUAGAGGUUAUAGUGGAGCCCAGCUGCAGCCAAGGAGGACCAGGGGUGAUUGGCCUUUCCCCUGAUCCCCAAGAUGAAGCCCUGUCCCUGGAAAGAAGGGAAGGUACCGACCCUUUGGAACCACCAGAUGCCCAGGACCCCCAGUCACUCUACAAAGACAUCUGGACCCUUCGUGCCUCACUGGAACAAUACGCAGCCUCGGACCAGAGCAGCAACAACGAUAGGAACUCUGUCUGCAGCGAUGCUGACAGUGUUUGUUCGCUGAGCGGACGCACAGAGAUGGAAAGAGGAGGGCUGCCUAGAUAUCCAUCUCAGGAUUUAGGAGAUGAAGCAGAGGAUGACAAGGAGAUGUUAAUGUACUUGGAUGAGAAGUUAGAUGUGAAAGAGGGAAGAAGGAGGAAAGAAGGGAGCACAGAGUCAGAGCGAGGGGGCAGCGAUGGAGAAACAGGGACUCGUAAAUUGCUGCAGAUGGACAGUGGCUAUGCAUCCAUAGAGGCGCCAUCUCGAGGCCCAGAAGAGCUGCGGCUGUUUGGGAGCAUGAGCGGGAGCCCAAAGGACAGAACAGCCCACGAGAAACGGCACCACUUCACCAACGCAGGGCGAACUGGCACUAUUGGUGAGAGCUUUGAGUCUCAUCUUUUUGAGGAAGAGCCAGAAGAUGAAGUGCUGUUGGGUGCCAGUGGAGGAGUUUCCAUAGAAACAGGUGCAGGCUCGCUGGGCUGGUUCCCAUACGGUCAAAUGCUCACACCUCGAGAGGCUGCUCAGCCUUCAACAGAGCCGCAGAUGCUGCACCGGCGAGACUACAGCAUAGACGAGAAAACAGACGCCCUCUUCCAUGAGUUUCUCCGACACGACCCCCAGUUCGAUCAGCAGGAGUCGCCGCUGAGGAAGCACCGGUCACGAAUACACCUCCGCAAGCAGUGGCAGCGCCACAAACAGUGGAGUGACCCUGGUGUCAGACACUUCCAGUCCUCUUUUGAAAGACAGCGGACCCCUUUACGGAGGGGGGAAAGUGUGAACUACCCAUUGGAAACAAGCUACCACAGUACGCUCCCUCGUAUCGUCAGUGCUCCAGAUGAGGAGAACAGCGACGGCACCAACAGCACACCAAGCACUCCGAAGGUAGAGCCUACCACUGCUUACAGAGGCAAAGACAAAGACCAGAGUGCCACCACUGUAGACACUGAGGACAGCAUCUCCUCAUCCCCACCACCUCUCGCACCCUCCACCUCUGAGAAAGAUGGAGGGCUAGGUGAGCACCAAGACCUUCAGGAGGAUGUUAAACCCCCGGACGAGCGCUCGCCACCUCAGCUGCCUGACUCCUCAGGCUAUGGCCCGCAGACGAUCACAGCUGAGCUCACGGACAAACUGACUGCUCACCUAGAUGAGAGGCUGUACACGGGCCUCCGCAGGACCAAGGACACCACCCCUGAGUGUGUGACGGUGACAGCCACACAUGCUUCUCCUGACCACAGCCCAGUGUAGCAGGGCUCCGUCAAACCUCCUCAUCAAUCUUACUCCUGCUGAUACACACUUUUUCUUUCUGUUUGCUGGUCUGUUUAAAUGUCUCUCUGUAUACAGCUUGAAUGGUGUGAUCCAUAAACACACAUUGGAAAAUAUGCUUUAUCUCAAUCCAUACUUGAACACAAGAUCAUUUUAGAUACUCUAAUAGAAACAUUACAGCAGUUCAAUGUUGCCAUCAUGCAGAGUAUUGGUGAAGAAAGACAUGUCAUAAUAACUGAACAGAGCUAAUAUAUGAAUAAUCCUGUGGUUUCAGUUAUAACAGCUUCUCUGUCUGCUUGUGUCUUUCCUGCUGUUGUUUGUGUCUGGAGGUGAGAGCCAGUCUGGCCUCUGCACUCAUUGAUCCACUGUGAAACCAGGUGCUAUUAGACGAGUGGAAAGCAACAGAUCUGGAUUUAACAGUAAACCCUUCCAGUCCCAUAAUCAUGGGUUAGUUUUACUUUUCAUGAGAUAAGAAUGGUUAAGACUAGAAAAAUGGAUCCACCAAACCUAAAUAAGACAGACUUUAUGCUAAAAGACCAGUAGUUUCCAAUUCAUGGAUGUUAUCUGAAUAGUCUGUUCAUUCAGCUUCAUUUGUUCACCCAAAGGCAUUUCAUUUUGCCAUUUUUCCUAAAUGUGGCUAUUAAGCAACGGUUGUCACAAUACCAGAAAUACUAGUACAAGUUUAAGUAAAAAUUAAAAAAAUACAAUAAACUGUUUUGAUACUAUGGCUCCAAAUACAACAUAGAAGUCCUAUUUCCCAGAAAUUUCAGGCAAACUUCUAAUCUCUUUCUAAACACCACAACAUGCUAAAACGUUGCUCAUGUUUUUGUGCAAGUUAGACAGUGGGCAGAGUAUGCUUGCAGUUUUAAUGGAUUUAUUCCUCCAUUAUGCAACUGCCUUAUGAAAUAGAUGCAGUUUUAUAGAGAUUUGGUAUUUCCUCAUAUUAUGGCUCAUUAAAUUUGUAGAGGUUGUAUUGUGUGCAGAACAAGUGAAAUUGAAAAAGUAUUGAACAUUUUGACAACCCAAGGCCCCAUUUAUGAUACCAUCCAGAAAGCGCUGAUUAGUAUUUGAUCGUCUUCCCAUCGAUCUACAACGCCUUGUUUCCACAUAGGUAUGUGACUGAUAUCCGUAUUUCCGUAAAUAUACGGAUGAUGCCUCCUAGUGUUUAACACAAGGUAGGGCACUAAAAAACUGAUAAACUACCCCUGUGGAGAAGAUAUGUUUCAUUUUUUUCGACAUUAGCAGCUUGUAAUACGUGUUUACUGGAAGUACAAAACAUGAACAAUAUUGUAUAUCGAGAAGUAAUUGAAAAAGUUUACCUACCAAAGCAGCAUAUAUUUAAUUGAAGGACAUAUGAACAGCCGAACAACUAAGCUAAGCUAAUUUGUUUAGCCAUAUUUUUUUUAUCUGAUCAUCCUUUCUAACUAUUCACGUAAAUGUUUAAAUUCAUCCGACACAACCAAAACAAUCUUGCAGCACUUUAUAUCGACUGAUAAAUCAUGAUGUAUUUCAUAUCAAAAUGAUUGAUCUGACUGCUUAUUAUAUCAAGCUGAUAAAAAUGACUCGUCAUAGCCUUUUGCCUAGUUAACAGCUUGGUCAGCUAGCAUGCUGUACCUCUGAAAUCUACUGCAAAAAUUCACGUUUUUCAAAACAACUGCACUUGCUGGAAAAAAAUACAACGAAGGGGAGGACUUUUGCUGGACAUCACAGAAAUUGCCAUAAGGAUGAAUGGACUUCCUGUUGGCUUACCUCUGUUACAAUACGUGGAAACAAGGCGUUUAUCUACGCUGCUUAUCCUGCUCAGGGUUGCGGGUUUGCUGGAGACGAUCCCAGCUGUCAUUGGGUGGUAGGCAGGGUACACCCUGGACUGAUUGCAAAUCAAUCACAGGGCUGACAUACAUAAACAAGGCACGUUCACACUCACAUCUACGGGCAAUUUAGGGCUGCCAAUUCCCCAAACAAGCAUGUUUUGGACUGUGGAAGAACAGAGAGAACCCACUUAUGCACAGUGAGAACCUCCUUGCUGUGAGGUGACACUGCUAACUACUGCUCCACUGUGCAGCCCUGAUUGCUUUUCUGUUCGUGGAAAAUAAGUCUUUGGGUCUUAAACUGGUUGAUUUAUUAGGGCAAACAAACAGAACAAGUUUUCAGACCACAACAAAUGCUCUUCAUCCCUUAGCUUUCCCCUUCCUCUGUCCCUCCUAUGUUGUUUCACCAGCAAGUCUGAGACAGAAAGAGCUGCUGAUGAGCGUUCAAGCAGCCUCCCUAAAUUUAUUUUCUGAUUUUUUAAGGUAUUAUUUGGCCAAAGAUAAACUUUUUUGUUUGUUUGUUUUUUGUUUAGAAAGUCUGUUUUUUUUCCUUCAGUUUGACUCUUGUGACAACUCUCAAUUAUAAUGCCUUAUACAGCAACCCGGCAUGGGCCAUACCAUCCCUCUACAGCAGAUUACUAUAGAAACACACAUUUUGUCCUCUAUGGUUUCUCAAUGGUUCUGAUGUUUGCUUUUACAGAACAUGAUGUAACACUUUUGUUCAUUUUUGUUUCUUGAAGUUUGAUAUUUUUUGGACAUCUGCUUUGCUUGUAGACAGUAUAAAAGAGGGCAGGCUCUACAGCAGCUGAUUAAACUAGCCAAUCAAAAAGCUGCUAGCUCCAUGAAGGCUUCAUUAGUCUUAAACCUGCUAACUCACUAAGCUUGACUCUUAAUGCUCUGGUGUGAGAUGAGCAGUUACAUUUAACCUAUUUGUCAAAACAGCUUCACACGGGGUCAUUUUGUGAUUAUUGAUUAUUCUCGUGCAUUAGGCAGACAGGACAGGAUUUAUAUGUCGCCAUCUGACAUUCUUGUUUUCCCUUCCUUCUCCUCUACUUACUCUGCUUCUCCUGAGAAAGUUGACAGUGCAGUAGAUGUCUCCCAUGUGGGAGCCUGAGGACUCAACUUCCUGCCAGCUCGUAAAACCAGACCCAACAAAGAUGGUAUUUGUAGUAAAGACCUAAUUAUUUUCCUUUUUUUGGCUUUAUCUGUGUGUUCAAAACAAACCGGUGCUUUUUAUCAUUUGAAAACUACUUGAUGGUUAUGUUCUGAUGUAAAUGAAUAACCAAAAUUCGAUUUGUGCUGACAUGUUUCUGCUUUUACAUCCUGUGCAGUCGCAGCAGGUUGACUUUAACCCAGUUUCACUCAUAAAAUCUCAUUCUCAGAGGGGCUGUUGGGCUUUCCGUCUCUCAAACAUGCAGCUAGAGGAGCUACUGCAGGAAAGGCUGAUGAAUAUUAAUCAAACAAGAAAAGGAUUCCCACCUUUCACCCCCUGUCUCUCUUCCCUUCAGUCUUUGCAGCUGUUACCAUGCAGUAUUUUGAAACGACCGAAUAAAAAUCAGGUGGAGAAUAAAGCAGUUGCCCUCCUCCCUUUGUGUGGGCGUAAUGAUGAUGCUCUUCCAGCAUUGAUUAGAUCUUUCUCCACUUUGCGACAGGAUUCUCCUUUUGUGGCAAAGUGGAGUCUGAGGCAGAAGCUGCUUUCCUCAUCAGGAGAGAAACAACUAAAAUGAAAAGGGGUGAGCUCCAGUAAGAGGGAGAGAGGCUACUGAUGUUAAUGCUCUAUCCUGUCUUUCAUGUGGGCUCCCUUACCCACACUCAAACAUUGUUAAUCAUUUCUCCAUGAAUAACACAAUUUAGUGCAAUCAAAUGAUGCUUCUUUUGAAGGCGCUGAGAAGCAGAAAGGAAAUGAAAUCCCCUUCUUAGCUAUGACAGAAAUGAUGCGUCCCUGUUGACAAUAAUUACUCAGCUAAUUCUGAAAGCUUUUGGGAAAAAGGAAGCUGACUAAAUUUCCCAGAGAUCAAAAAGCUACCAGUCGAGUUAGUCACAGAAGAAUGGCCAUAAGGGAUGACUGAAAAUCUGUACAAAGAUUUCACUUUGCUGUCUAUACAAGCACAAUCUAACAGGAGCUAGACUAAAUCAAUGUCCUUUAUUAGGUAUAGACAGAUGCUGUUUAACUGGGGACACUGUGUGUUUGUAUACUAACCAGUAGCCUGUCAAAUGCAUUGAUGCAUAGCUGUGUGUAGGUCUGCAUGACAGUUUACAUUUUAGUACAAAUAUUCAUGUUUUUCUCAGACUUACAAUACAGAAAUGAUCAUAGGUAAUGCUCAAGUCAAAACGUUGGUAUGACUAGAGAUUUUGUACUUUAUGGAAUCCACUUUUAAAAUUCAUGCUAGGAUGCUGUAACUGAUGAGAUUUUGUGAGAUUUAUCUCUUUGGAAGUAGAAGUAUUUCUGUAUUCCUUGCUUGUAAGUUUAUCGCUUAAUUUAUCAAAAAAGAGAGAGAAGCUUUCUUAACAACACUGCUUUUGUUGAUCAAAAUCUAUUGAGCCUUGAGGGACCAAAUUAUAAAGAAGUAUUAUUUUAGGGUUGUUUUCCAAUCUGUGAAUAAAUGAAUAAAGUCAAAACGG